AUGCUUGAGGCGAGCGAGGACCAAGGAGGCAAGCCCGGAGAGGAGGUGGAACGCGGGUGGAGGCGCAGGUGGGGCCAGGGGGGCGGGCCCGUUGCUGCGGGAACGGACUUCCGGGGAGGGGACAGCCGUGCGGGGCGGACCUGCACGCGGAGGAGGAGGAGGAGGCGUGGGAAACUUGGGGGACCUGUGAGCCGAGGCAAGUACGCUCCAGGCUUUUGGUCGGUGGGUUCGAAAUUCCCACGUUUCCCUCGGAAAUUCUUUUCUCAACCCCCUCACAGUCUCCCAGCCCCGGGCAGCGUUUUGACCCAGCGACUCUCCGCGGCCCGGAGGUACGCAGCCCGCCGUCGAGCUGGGCUCCUCUGGCCCCCGGGACGCGGGUGGAGGGAGCGGCGCCCCGCUGCGACUGAACGAAUUCAAGGAGGGCUGCGGGGCGGGGAGAAGAGGAGUUUAGACAUGAGUGAAAGCAGCGAAGAAUGUGUGAAAAAGAUUAGCAGUGUGAAUCUUGACAAACUUAUAGAUGACUUCUCACAGAUAGAAAAGAAAAUGAUAGAAACCAGUGGAAAGAAUAAUAUACUGGAUAUACAGUUGGAAAAAGCUAACUGUUUGUUAAAAGUAAUGCAAACAAAGGAGGUCUCAAUUAAAGAAGAAUGUGCUACUCUUCAUAAUAUGAUAAAAGGGCUACAACAGACCAUUAAAUCUCAACAUGAUUUGAGAGGUGAAAAUGAACAACUGAAAAGAAGUGCUGAUCUUAUGAAAGAAAAUUUUAAAUCUCAUGAACAGGAAUAUAAGAAUAAUAUUGCCAAACUUAUGAGUGAAAUGAAAAUCAAAGAGGAGGGAUAUAAGAUAGAAAUAAGGCAACUUCAUCAGGAUAUGCAGGAAAAAAUUGAGUCAAAUGAAAAAAGGCAUAAAGAACUGAUAGAGAAAAAGGAGGUAGAAAUUUCAGAGUUAAAUGCAAAGUUGAGAACUCAAGAAACGGAGAAACAAAGUGAAAUUAUCAAAUUACAGUUAGAGUUUGAUGCCAAACUAGCAAGAGUUCAAACUAAAUCAAAAUCAUAUCCAGAUUCUACUGUUUUGCCACAGAGUAUCUACAGAAGGAAGCUUCAACAUCUUCAAGAAGAAAAAAACAAGGAGAUUGCAGUUCUUCGGAAUACCAUUCAUGAUUUAGAGCAACGUCUCUCCCUUAACAAAGAUUCUGAUCUUAAACCUACUGGGAAAGGUUCUUACCUUAAGCGUAGACGGUUUUGAGUAGGAAAGUAAAUUCACUAGUUGCUACCUAAUUUCUUUAAAAGCAGUUGAUUUACUUCUAUCAUUAAUAGAACAUACUGCCCAAAUAAUAACAAAGAAAAAGGAGAGCUUCAAACUUUUUAAAUUGAGUUUAUUUAAACAAAUCCACAUCUGGCCAAUCGUGUACUACAUUCUUGCUUAACAGUAUUAACCAUAAAGGAGUUCAGGUUUAUAGGCCUUAGUUUACCUAUUGAACCAUCAUUGACUAUGGAAAUACUUUCUAAACAAUCAACAGACAGACAACAUUCUUUUAUCUUUUCCAUUACAACUCUCAAGACAGACUCUCAAAUUUAGGAGUAUGAUAUGCUAGAUAAAGAAAAUAGGAUAUAGGGGCUUCAUUUCAUACAUGAUAGUGAAAAUCAAGACUCUUAGAUAUACAAAGUGUAAGUAGAUAUUUAAAAUGU